AAUUGGCAUCCAAGCCAUGGCGUCGUUCAAGUGCAUGUGCGUCUUCUUAGUCUCGCUUAUGCUCGCCCUCAUCGUCAAUAACGCCCAGGAAGAGCGGACGCUCCCGCCGUUCCCCUGCAUCCCAGGCCAGCCACGACCCCCGUGGCUCCCACCCUGCCCGCCAGCGCCAGCUGAGUGCUACACGUCGGUGUCGGGGCUGAUGCCGUGCGCGGACUUCCUCACCCACAUCGGGCUGCCACCGGCACCACCCACGACCGCCUGCUGCGACGGUCUCAGGUCGCUCGUCACCAACGCGCCCAUCUGCAUGUGCCACGUCGUCAAUGGCGACAUCAACAAGCUCCUACCGGCGCCCAUGAUACCCGUGCGCAUGGUGGCGCUCCCCCGCUUGUGCGUCGUCCCCUUCCCACGAGCCACGAUUCGCCAGUGCAUCAGAGGCCAUGUGCCACCGAUGAACCCUCCAUCUCCACCACCGACUCCGUCAAAAUCAUCACCGCCAAAAUCACCACCGUCGACUCCACCCGCGGCAUCACCACCAGAACCACCAGCAGCAUCGCCACCGGAACCACCAUCGACGCCACCAUCGGAAUCACCGUCGACUCCACCACCGACACCAACGGCGACGCCACCGGAAUCACCACCCUCGACUCCACCGCCAGAAUCACCAUCUGAUCCACCACCAGCUACGCCACCAGAAUCACCAUCUGAUCCACCACCAGCUACGCCACCGGAAUCACCAUCCGAUCCACCACCAACACCAACAGCAACGCCACCAACGACUCCAUCUCCAUCAUCCUGAUCACCAUAAAUUUUUUUAAAAGCAGCAGCAGUCUAGUCAAAUUAGUUUUGCGUUUUAAGAUUCUAUCUGAUAGACGUCCUAUCAUAGCUAGUCAAAUUAGAUUUGGUUCACAUCAAAUGCAGCAGUGUGUUAGCUAUGUAGUUGCAUACCUAUCAUAGCUGAGUCUAUUAGAAGCACAUGUAAUAAUAUUCAGGACCAGUCAUCUAUAAAAUGUAUGCAAAGAUGCCAUUGUCGU